AUGAGGUUGAGGUUGCGGUUUUCCAAGGGUCCCUCGAGUCGUUUGAAUUCAUACGUGAGACAGAUCAGAGACAGCCGUCGAAGGGGGGCCCCAAAGGCGAGACUCCGGCUUCCACGCCGCAGUGCAGUUGGUCCAGCGGGCCGCUCCCUUGUCGCUCACCUGCGCGGAACAGGGAGGCAGAGCCUGCGGCAGCGAGGAUGUUCAAAUAGCAACAUGCUCGCAGCGAUGCCGGGCCAGCGUGCUGCAGAAAAACCUGGCCAAGCGUCCAGGGGCCCCGUCGUCGUCGUGGUCGGUCGCCACGGCGCUCGCACCGUGGUCCCAACAGCACAGGAUCCCUCAUGCGGCCCUGUCAGAGGCGGGCGAUGGCCCGGGGGAGCGAGCGCGGAGGCGGAGGGCCGGCCAGCCACAGCGCGAGUGUGUGUGACCCAGGCCGGGGGCCUGCAGCGUCAGGUCAGGGUGAGCGACGGUGGAGGGUGCGGGUGCGGGUGUCGAGGGCCAAGGACGCGGGCGGAGUGGAGUGUGAGAGCGCGGAAAAGAUGGGGGAGAAUGACAGAGCGAGAGAAUGCCAUUCCUGAGCGGCGAGGCGCCUACGCCCAAGGCGGCAUGGCGCGGGACAAAGGGUGGUGGAGCCCGCCGCCCGCACUGCAGCCCACGGGCCAGGCCAGCGCCCAAUGGCCGCUACAGUGUGCGCAGUGUGUGCGACUUCCAGCGCCCUCAGCAGCCACCACAGCGCCCAUGCGCCCGCCGCCCACUGCAAGCCCGGCCAGCCCAGCACCUAACGUGGAAGCCCGCCCAGCAGGCCCCCAGGCAGCCCAGCCCGCCGCGGCGCUGCUGGCGUCGGCACCCGCCCAAUCAGCGCACCCCUCGGCUCGUCUGUGGCCUGGAUCCUGCUGGCCUCAGCCAUGCCAUCCUCCCUGA